CGUAUGUAUCAGCUAUUUUAGGCGUGUGUCGCUGGGAAUACAUCAUUUUCGUGAUUCGGCGUGGUGGUAGGCAGCCAUGGUUUACUCUGCUGCUUUUACCACUGCGGCAACCACCGUUGCUAAGGAGCCGUAUCCAAAGACCAAGUCCGCUGAAGACGAGCGUGGCGUAGAACCCCCAGCCCCGGCCAUCGUCGCAAAGGCGGCGGAUAAGCAUGACCUUUUUUCCUACACUGUAACAAACGCGUCGUUGAUUGGCCUAGCGGGCUUAGCUGCUGGCGCACAGGAGGCGUACCUGACCUUUGAGCGCCUGCCUCCCAGCCUGUCACGGCAGCAUUUCAAGCAGGCCAAACUCCUUUUUGGCAUCAUUGGAAAGAAAACAGCGUACGCGGCGCUGCUGGGUGCUGUUUUCAGCGCCACCGACGCGUAUGUGGAGGGGGUUCGUGGCAAGCACGACAUGACCAGUGGUGCGAUUGCGGGCGCGGUUACCGGCACAAUUUUCGGUUUGGGGCGGCCCAUGCCGCAGCCUGUGGCGUGGCCCCUGGCAUUCGCUGCGACGGCUGUGACGGCCGACCUUAUCAGCGACCUACUGCCGAAGUACAUGAAGGACUUCAGGAUGUACGGGCCGCUGGUCAACCGUGAGAACUGGGGCGACCCCGUCCCGCCACGCCCGCCGAUCCUGGACACGGGCGCGGCAGUGCGCCCAAGCGACCCUGGCCAGUUCUGGCGCGGAUACUGAGUCGGCCUUCUCAGCUGUACGGCGCCUUUUCUGGGUUUGGGGGGGUUUUCAAUGGCUUAUGCCCUUAGUAGCUUACUAGCUGUGUUUUCUUUUCAGUGUAGCGGCUGAUGGUCAGCACGGUCAUCAGGCCUGGCUGUAUAUGCCUUCAGCAGGUCAGGUCGAUGAUGUUGAGCGCGUUGCUUGGGGUCCCCAAGACGACACGUAAGUCGUGCAGCCGAACAGGUGAUGUUUCGCCGAGGGAGGUGUGUUUGUGUGCCGGGCAUGCAUCAGCUUGACCCGUGUGAGAUGUUCUUGUAGGACAUGCUGGUGGGUGGAGGCACAGCUAGUGGUUGUCCUUUGUGAGAGCUGUAAGAAAUUACAAUGUGGCUACAGGUUUUGGAGGCUUUGGCAAGGUUUCGUAAUGCGUAGGCAAUGGAUUCUUACGCGAAUCACGACGGUGGCCUCGGUCCUGCAUUGCUGCUCUCCCCGCUGGUAAUCUGGAUGUGCGCAUGAAAUGUACGUCGGUUGUGGUCAAACCUGGCUUCAACGGUACCAACUGCAACGCGGUGCAGAUCAAAUGCGGAUAUUUCUCGUCUACAAAAAAACUAUGCAGCGAUUUGUACAGUGUAGCCCAACUGUUAAAACUUUAUGUAAAUCAAUCCCACACCG